AUGUCGAGCGAAACCAACGAUAUCAGUUUCCUAUACCCACCUCCACCACCUUAUAUCAAGUUCUUUACCAAAGAAAAUCUUGAUAAAUUGCCCGAAUACAAGGAGCAAAAACACACUGACGCCAAUGCUGACGCUGAAGUUGAUCAGAAUGGUGAGGAGAAGAUCGAAUCACCAAUGGAUUUCUUGGUACCACCACCAAUGCCAAAAGACCAGUAUCGAGCCUUUGGUAGUAUCUGGCAGGUGAAAGAUCGUUUACCUGACCUAGAGGCAUCAGGACUAACUCAGUUGUACAAGAAACCUGAUGAGAACAACGAUGCUAGUACCGAUUACCAGUACAAAAUUCAAGAACUACGUCGUCUGCUCAAAUCUCUCCUGCUAAACUUUUUGGAACUAGUGGGCGUACUAAGCAUUAACCCAGAACUGUUCCCCAACAAAGUCGAUCACAUCAGAAUAAUCCUGGUCAAUAUACAUCAUCUACUCAACGAAUACAGACCCCAUCAAUCAAGAGAAUCGCUUAUCAUGCUCUUAGAAGAACAACUGGAGUACAAGAAACGUGAAAUACAGCAUAUCGAACAGGUGUGUCAAAACGUAAGAGAAAAACUAGGCCGAAUUCAAGAGGGUGGUGAUGGUGAGCCCGCUGGUGGAGUAGAUGUGAAUCCUGUUGGUGACGAGACUGCUCAUACGGAUAUUAAUACUAAUGCGAAUUGA